CCAACGCACUCUUAUAGGGAGGCGUGUGCAGUUCUCACAUGUUUUGAGGCGGUCUUUUCCCAACGGUAAGAUGAAAUGAGUCCUUAUAAAUUCAUGGACUCAACAAGACCCCUGCAUUCAGCCUAGAGGGUGAACUGGCUUACAGUACGAAUAAUGACUCAAAGGGAAAGCCUCGAGUUUGCUAUGGAGCAGGAAAACAUGGUGCAAGUUUUGAUGGUGCACUGUCAAGCCAUGAAGCGGCAGGAGACGCGACUGCGCCUGGCUACUGCGCUCAUGCUCGUAACUUUCCUCGCAACAUUAGUGUGGAUACAAUUUCAUCAACAAACAACGCAUCCGGUUUCAGGUGCCAGUCUGAAAGCUUUGAGAACUGAUGAAGCAUCAUCCAGAAGACUCUCUGUUUACUUUAGACCUGCUGAAAGCAUGACAAAUGAUUGUCUUCAACACCAGACCGAGACACUCGUACAGUGGGUUCGGUUGAGUGAAGGCCUAGACCACCAACAUAUUAAUCUGACAAACAACUCUGUCCUUAAAGUCUUAACAGAGGGCCUAUACAUGAUCAACCUAAGGAUUUCAUACCGUGUUCUCCAUAAUCAAUGUAAGUCUUCGGACAAACCAGAAGCCAAACUUUUCGUCAACAUCACACAGCAGCAUAGCAACUAUGAUGCGGAGAUAUUAGUUAGAAGUGCUGCUGAGAGCAUGCCUUGUAAGCAAUAUUGGAUGCAGUCCGUCGCUUUGAACAAAGUGAUCAAGCUAGAAGCCAACACCGAUCUCAGGGUGAAAAUUAACUCAGAAUCAUGCAAAUUUGUCAAUUGGUCUAAAAACACCCAUUUGGAUGUCACUCUUCUCUAAUACUGGUUUUGUUACAAAAAUCUCUGCUACACAAUGGCGUUCAUGCACAUUCAUGAAAAUGAAAAUAUCUAAAGUCUUAUUUUACGAUUAAGAUUAUAAAACUAUUCUCAGGCACUGUUUGUUGUAUUUUAUAAUGACCUAUCAUGUGUACUAAAAGCUGUAAGUUUAAGCUUAAUUUAUUUUAUUAAAUUGGAAUAUUAUUAAAGGGUUGACUUAACCAUAAUAUUAAAAUUGUUAUUAAAUAACAUGACUGCGUGUAUCUGCACUAUCCACUAAAAAAGCAGAUUUUGAAAAAAGUGUGAAAGUACCAUUUUUGCACCACAAUGUUGGUAGCAGGUGGCACUUCAUUCAUGUUUUAUUUUAAAACUUUUUUGUGCAUUGAUGAACUUUUGUCAUUUUUUUGAUUUUAAAAAUCAUGAAUGUAAACAACAUUAUUCCUGUUUGAUUCUUAACCCAUUUAUUGGUUGCAAUUUUAUGCAUGAAAUACAAAUUAGCAUUAAGCUCAUUUAUCUGUUGUAUGUGUACAUGUAUAUGUGGUUUUGUAUAGAAAUCAAAAUAAAGAGCUUUAACAUUU